UACUACUACUACCAGUAGUAAUACCCAUAAAUAUAGGCUUAUAAUACGUAAAAGUUGUCUUUUUUGGUAACUGUGGUGUGAUGUAGUCUUCGCUUAAACCUAAACAUUAUCAAUGAUUUUUUUACUUCGAAAUAUGAACUAAAAGAACUAUUUCUGUACUAGUGCUAUCUACUAUAGACUAUAGUAUAACUUGGUCUAUUAGUAUUACAGCUAGUGCUAGUACUAUUAGUAAUACUAGUAAGUAGUAGUAGUAUAUAUUAGUUAUUAAUAUUAUUUCUAUCAAUGAUACAAAAAAAAAAAACCAAUAACCAGAGCGCUUUCGGUAAAGCAUGAUUUCUUUCCUCAAGGGUAAAUGGUAAAUGCAGUAUUAUAGCAGUACUAGAACUUAGAAGCUGGAAAUGGCAACAAGCGGGAAGAUAGAGUCAAUAUAUAGUAGGCCUAAAGUUACAACUAAUGAUAGUGUAGGUUUAGUGCAUCAAACCAAAUGUUCGUAUUUUUAUCCAGCUGAGGGAAGGUGGGCUAAUGGUAAUAUGUUUUUAAGUAAAGACAAAAUAGUUUUCUCUCUUGAAAAGACAGGAAGUGGUACUGAGGAUAAAAUUCUUCAGCUUUUGUUACGGAACAUUACAGAAGUUAAAAAAAGGUCUUCAAGUUUAAUUUUUCCUGCCAUUAUUGUUCAGGUUGGUGCAAUGCCUCAUUGGUUUGCAUCGUUUCCAAACAGAGAUAUAACAUUCAAUUUAUUAGAACUAUUUUGGAAAGAAUACCUGUUGUGUAAAACAAUUUAUCAUGACGUUGAAUCUAAAAAAUGGGAAAGUGAAAAUGAAGCUCAAAGUCUCGGGCAGGAAAUGAUGGAAAUUAUGUAUGAUUCUCAUGCAACUCUACAAGCUGCAGCUUUAACUCUUCACCAGCAAGGAGACCAGCUUAGUAAUGCUUCACGGGUGGUUGGUGAUAUAAAUGAGAAUUUAUCUGUUUCAGAACGUUUCUUAGGCAUGUUAUCAUCUGUGAUGAACAUGAUAAAAGUGCCUAGAAGCCAUAGUGUUCCAGAGAUGACAGAUAAAGAGAAAAGUUUCAAAUUUUCAGCAAGUUUUUGUAUUUCUACUCACAAUAUGGCAGAAUACCAGAAAUUGAUUCAAGGGAUAAUAGAUAUUAGAAGUAGUGGAAUAAGGCUUAUAAGAAGUGAUGGACAAAUCAGCCAUCAUCUGAGAGGGAAAUAUAUUUCUUCCAUCAAGGUAUUAACACCUUGGGAAAUCAGUAUUAGCCACUCAAGUGACCCUAGCAGGAGUAAGAUACAGGUUUUCAUUGUGGUGUGCCCAAGACUGGCAGAAGCCUUAAAGAAACUGCAGCUAUAUUACAGACAGAAGAUUAGUUUAGAUGGUGAGGACACGACUCUGCAUGACAGAAAUCUGCUUCUCUCACCAGAUUCGAAAAAAUCUGGAGUUUCAAGAAAAGAACGUAGCACUCAGUUUCACAAGUCAGAGGGAAGAUCAGGUGAAGAGAUGUUGGUGAAGGAGAAACAGAUGAUAAAUGAAGAGGAAGCUGAUGAAAUCAACCAGAUGAUCAGCAGUUUACAUUCUCUUGCUCUCGAGGUUGGCCAAGAACAGUGUGCUCAGUUGGAAAAAAUUGAUAAGUUGAUUGGCUAUGUGGACAGAACUGAUGAUCGGAUGAAAGAAGAUAUAAAAAAAAAUAAGGAAAUUACAAGGCAACAUUUGAAUAUGGAAAUGUUUACCAGAUUUACUGAAAUUGUUAAAAUAUUAACAUUUUUUAAAUUUUCCUUUUUGAGAAAGUGAUUAUUGUAAACUGUUUAAUUGUGAGGAUUUUAUCAUAUAAUGAAUUUGCUGGACUACAUGAGCAAAAAGCAGAUUUUUACUUAAACUGGACUACAUGAGCAAAAACUGGACUUAGGUGAAUGAAUGAAUCUUAGUAGAUGAUUUAUAAACAUCACAAUGAACAAAAGAUGAUGUAUGAUAAGAUAUAAGACAUCCGUAUGAUAAGAUAUAGGACAUCUGUAUGGUUAGAGAUAGGACAUGUAUGAUAGGAGAUGAACAUCUGUAUGAUAGGAGAUGAACAUCUGUAUGAUAGAAGAUAAACAUCUGUAUGGUUAGAGAUAGGACAUGUAUGGUUACAGAUAGGACAUCUGUAUGGUUAGAGAUAGGACAUGUAUGGUUAGAGAUAGACCAUAUGUAUGGUUAGAGAUAGGACAUGUAUGAUUAGAGAUAGGACAUGUAUGAUAGAGAUAGGACAUCUGUAUGAUUAGAGAUAGGA